GGAGGUGCUUUGAAGACUGACUGUCUGACUUCCACAGCGGAGUGAUUAAAUCUACCGACACUUUUGUGGUUCAAUUAUUACAAUGAAAUUAGCACUGAGAUUGAUUCUUCUGCUAGUUGUCAUGGAGACACAUCAACAACGACCGUCUCGUUCUGUGCUUCACGGGCAGCGGGGAGAACAACGAUCAAAAAAGAAACAGUAAUUCACAGAGAAACAAACCAUACUCCUGAAAACUUGAUCAGAUGAGGCUGCAUGCUCCAAGAAGCACUGGCUUCUCGACCACACAACCCGGGGUUUCAGUUUACCGAAUGAGAAUUUGAUCACGUUUACCUUUAGUCCGACCAACGGGUCAGAGUUAACCUGUUGCUGACUCAAGCACAAUCUUCUUCAACAUGUCGGGGUUUUCGGGUAGAGUGUCCCUUCCAACUAUACCCCCUGCGAAAACUAUCAUAAUGUACCGAAAUGGGGACGCUUUCUUUACUGGUAGGAAGUUUGUAAUUAAUGAGCGGCAUAUCUCAAAUUUUGAGAAUGUGUUAAGUUUAGUGACCAAGGGAAUCGAGGCACCUUACGGGGCUGUGAGGAAUGUUUACACCCCGCUGGACGGCCACCGAGUCCUGGAUUUGGAACACUUGCAAAACGGAGGGAGAUAUGUCGCUGCAGGCGGAGAACGGUUCAAGAAACUUGAUUACCCGCACAUAACAACAAAGAAACCACAGAGAAAGAAGCAUGACUUGAUACGACCAGUGCUUCACAGCAGAAUUAUUGUCUCUGCAAGAUGUAGAAAAGUUCUCCACGAGUCCUGCACUAUCAAUGUUUUUACAAAUGGGGAAAUCUUGGUUCCUCCAGUGCGGGUACUUCUACCGAAGUACACUUUAAGAAACUGGGACCGCGUGCUGGCCAUGGUAACUGACAAAGUGCAGCUUCGCACAGGAGCAGUGUACAGACUUUGCACAAUUGAUGGGACACCUUUACUAGGCUCAGCCGAGCUGGAAAAUUUCCAUUAUUAUGUUGCUGUGGGAGCUGAAAGAUUUAAACACCUUCAAUAUUUCCAGUGGGUUCAAAAUAAAGGAACCUUCAGGAACACAGUUCACAUGAUCCAUCCUGAAAUACUGCCUCCAAUAAAAAAUGUCAGGAAGACAAAAGAUAGGUCAGUGGGUCACAGUACUCCUUCUACCGGAGAUGGGCAGAUAGUUACUGGGCAUCCAGGAGUUCCACCUGGAGUUAAAGGGAAACUGAAAGACCAGGCAGACUUAACAGUGAGGGAGGAAGACUCCUAUUUCUAUGCCAAGCCAUUGAAAAUGAAAUAUAAGAAGCAUUCAUCCAGGUCCCCACAUGCAUUCUCUGCAAGGGAGGGAGGUGUAUUUAAAGCUAAGGCCAGAAGAAGGGAGGUUCAUGGAGCCACCGAGGUGUAUGAUGAUACUGAUAUGAAGGUGGACUUGCCCAUUGACAAGGGAGCGGGACACUUUAUGGUCAACUGUCCCCUCCAGGAGGAGGAGAAACAGCUGCCGGAGUUCCCUGCACUGCAGUCAGCAUGGCCACUGCCAGAAUUGCCACUGCCAGCAUUGCCACUACCAACACUGCCACGGCUGUAG